UCCAAGGAAUUCAGAGAGAUAAUAAAAGAAAUAAGGCUUCCUGCCGGCUAUUUGAAGGCGGCGCCAAAGUUCUCUAGAGAGAGAGAGAGAGAUUGUGAGAGCGGAGAGUGCGAGGCUCUCUGAAACUUCGGUCCUCUUCUUCUUCCUCUCUUUCAGGACGAUAUCCUUGAAAAAUGGGUGCUGGAGGUCGAAUGUCCUCUCCUUCCUCCAUCAAGAAGUCAGAUUCUGACCACGUGAAACGAGUCCCAGCCGCGAAACCCCCAUUCACUCUUGGUGAGCUCAAAAAAGCCAUUCCCCCACAUUGCUUUCAUCGUUCUGUCCUCCGCUCAUUCUCCUAUGUCGUUUAUGACCUUACCCUGGCGUCCAUCUUCUAUUACAUUGCGACCACCUAUUUCCAAAACCUCCCUAGCCUCUUAUUUUAUCCAGCCUGGGCUUUGUACUGGGCCGCCCAAGGCUGCGUCCUUACUGGCGUAUGGGUCCUUGCCCACGAGUGUGGCCACCAUGCCUUCAGUGAUUACCAAUGGCUCGAUGACACCGUUGGCCUUAUCCUCCACUCUUUUCUCAUGGUCCCCUACUUCUCUUGGAAGUACAGCCACCGCAGACACCAUUCCAACACCGGUUCUCUUGAGCGAGAUGAAGUCUUUGUCCCUAAAAAGAAAUCCGCUCUCAAAUGGUACUCCCCAUACCUCAACAACCCACUCGGCCGAGUCCUCACCCUCACCAUCACACUGGUCCUAGGCUGGCCUCUGUACUUGGCCUUCAACGUCUCUGGUCGACCCUACGACCGUUUUGCCUGCCACUACGACCCAUACGGCCCAAUCUACACCGACCGUGAGCGGUUGCAGAUAUUCAUUUCGGAUGCUGGGCUGCUUGCCGUCUCCUACGGUCUGUACCGCCUUGUUCUGGCCAAAGGCCUUGCGUGGGUGGUCUGUGUUUACGGAGUGCCACUGCUAAUUGUAAACGGCUUCCUUGUCCUAAUCACAUACCUUCAGCACACUCACCCCGCAUUGCCCCACUACGAUUCAUCAGAAUGGGACUGGCUGAGAGGCGCUUUGGCAACAGUGGACAGAGACUAUGGCAUCUUGAACAAGGUGUUCCAUAACAUAACCGACACUCAUGUGGCCCAUCAUUUGGUGUCCACAAUGCCACAUUACCAUGCCAUGGAAGCAACCAAGGCAAUCAAGCCAAUCUUGGGUGAGUACUAUCACUUUGAUGGGACUCCAUUCGUGAAGGCAAUGUGGAGAGAGGCAAAGGAAUGCAUUUACGUGGAGCCUGAUGAAGGUGAGAAGACUAAAGGCGUUUUCUGGUACAAUAACAAGUUUUAAAUUGUUCGUGGAAGAAGAAGAAGACCUUUUCUCCGUCCUGGUUCUGCUACACUUUAGAAAAAUCUGUUCGUUUUGUACUUCGUUAUGGAUGUUAGCUUCUGUUAUGCGUAAUUAAGUUUACCGCUGCCAAACUGCCAACCCUUUCUGCGUUAGGUCAGUCGAGCUUUCUUGGUUGGUUUGCUUUGUACUGUCUGUUCGGUUCUAGAUUACUACAAUAAACUACUAGGUAAUGCUCAACGAUGAACCUUCCUAUAACAUAUAAAUGCAUGUGGUUGUGUUUUGUAAGACUA